AUGCGGAGAGCGCGUGGACUUCGGGUUUCUUCAACCCGCGAUAUUUGCAUCUUCUGCGCCACUCGUCAGUUAGCCGUCUCGAAUACGCUCGCUACAUCAUCGAACGCUACGCAACGGAGAGAACUCAACUCGUCGAGUAGAGCCCCGCAAUCGGCCGAGGGCAUCAUAUACAAAGAUGCAAAUGAGCGCGACCAGCCAGUGUCGCAGGCACAGCGCAUGCGGCAGGCGUUGGCGGCCAGCGCCCCGUAUGCCCCUCCGCAGCAACAACAUGGAGGAUAUAUGUCGCCGGCAGAGAGAAUGAGGGCAUCAUUAGCGACACAAGGAUCUUCACAAUCUCAACCGCAAGCAUCACGGCAGAACCCACCAGAGAGGCGGGCAACCAACAGAGGCGGCGUCUUCGAUGGACCGAUACGGAACCAGAGCAGAGACCGCUUUGGGCCUGGUAUUCGGAGAACAGCUGUGAACGACCGGGGCAAUGACUACAGACCCCCAGCACAGAAUCGCUAUACCGUCAAUAUGGAUUCAAGACCCCCGGUCAAUACACCAGCAUUUGGCUCAGGCCACCUGAGGCGACGAAACGAACCACGGCCCGAACGUGCAUCAUCCGGAUUGGACGACCGAAGACCAUCGCAGAUUUCGAGACCUCCGCCACAAAGAAAGAUGCUGGACCAAGACGAGAUAUCCAAGUUAUUGGGUAAUGCGUCUACAAACCGAAAGCCGUACCAACCGCUUGCAAGGGACAUGAACACGCAAAGGACAUGUUUCCACUGUGGAUCUAAGGAGCAUAUGAGCAAUGCUUGCCCAAUGAAACCGCUACUUCGCGAGCGGCAGCCGCAAGACCGACCAGAACAGAGAACGGCAACGUAUAAGCCACCUCAGCGCUACCAGGAAUCGAUAUCGGAUGCUGCCGAGGCUUGGGUGCAGAAGUCCAAGGGCAAUUUGGCAAUCGAACCGUCGGCACAGGUGAAAAUGGAAGAGGACAACAGGCGGCGUAACGAGGUAGAGAGCGAAAGAAGGCGAAGUCGUUUUGCCUUUGACGAACCGGAAGAGGUCAAGAACCGAUACGAUGAGCCCCAGCGACGACAAGGCGGGAACAAGGGCAGGAGCCGACGCAUGCAACGGGACGAAGAGGAAGAUGAGGAUCGGCCACGCGUCAGCAAGCAAGAACGCAAGCGGUUACGAGCUGAAGCCAAGAAGGCAGCACAAUCUGCGAAGAAUGAACCCACGCCGAUAUCGUUGCCGGAAUACAUCAGUGUCGCCAACCUUGCGGGCGCUCUGAGGUUGAGAGUGGAAGACUUUGUGCAGAAGCUAGAAGAGCUAGGGUUCGAGGAUGUUCAAAAUGACCACAUCCUGAACGCGGAGCAUGCUGGUCUCAUCGCGCAGGAGUACAACUUCGAGCCAAUCUUCCAGUCACAGGAAGAUGAUGGCGAUCUUUAUCCUGCACCGCCUGUAGAGCCUGAGGCUUACGCUGAGCUUCCUGCACGACCGCCUGUAGUCACGAUCAUGGGUCACGUUGAUCACGGCAAGACGACUAUCCUUGACUAUAUGCGUUCGACGAGUGUGGCGGCUACCGAGUUUGGUGGCAUCACACAGCACAUUGGUGCAUUCAGUGUACCCUUGGCAAACGGAAAGAAGAUUACAUUCCUCGACACGCCCGGUCACUCUGCAUUCGAGACGAUGCGCGCUCGUGGGGCCAACGUUACAGAUAUUGUGGUAUUAGUUGUUGCUGCGGAUGACUCUGUUAUGCCCCAGACUGUCGAGGCUAUCAAGCACGCACAAGCAGCGAAUGUGCCUAUGAUUGUCGCCAUCAACAAAAUCGACAAAGCUCAAGCCGAUCCGGAUGCUGUCAAGCUUGACCUCGGCCGUCAUGGCAUUGAGAUUGAGGACUUUGGAGGUGACAUCCAGGCUGUUUGUGUUAGUGGCAAGACCGGACAGGGCAUUCCGGACCUUGAAGAAGCCAUCUCAACAUUGUCGGAGAUGUUGGAUCACCGCGCUGAUCCUGCAGCUGCCGUUGAAGGAUGGGUUCUCGAGGGUACGACAAAGAAAUCUGGACGUGUGGCUACUGUUCUGGUUCGCCGUGGUACCCUCCGCCAAGGUACGGCGCUUGUCGCAGGAACUACCUGGACACGCGUGCGCACUCUGCGGAACGAGGCCGGUGCUGUCGUCAAGGAAGUCGGACCUGGCAUGGCUGUCGAGAUUGAUGGCUGGCGCGACCAACCCAUUGCUGGCGAUGAAGUGCUUCAGGCAGAGGAUGAACAACACGCUACCUCGGUGACUGAGCUCCGCAGCGAGAAGGUCGAUAGAGAACAGAUGGCGCGCGACAUGGAAGCCAUCAACGAAUCUCGCCGCGCAGAAGCCGAGCGUCGUGAGGCUGAAGAAGCCGCUGCUAAGGCUAUCGAGAAUGGCGAGGAAGCUGCAGUCGCCGAGAAGAAAGAGGCUGGGCCCGAAGUUGUCUCCUUCAUCAUCAAGGGCGACGUGUCUGGCUCUGUUGAAGCAGUUAUCGACUCUGUCUCUGCACUCGGCAACGCAGAAGUGUCAACGCGUAUUCUCCGUCACGGUGUCGGCGCGCCUUCUGAAUUCGACAUUUCGCACGCUGCCGACGCAAAGGGACAUGUCAUCAACUUCAACACUACAAUCCCUAACCAUGUAGCCAAACUAGCCGAAGAGAAGGGUGUCAAGAUCCUCGACAGCAACAUCAUCUACCGCGUUGUUGAAAACGUCAAGGAUCUCCUAUCGGAGAAGCUCGCACCCAAGGUCAUCCACAAGGUCACGGGUGAAGUAGAAAUCGCAGCAGUCUUUGAAAUUGGUCUCGGUGGCAAGAAGAAGCUAAAAGUUGCGGGAAGUAAGGUUCGCAACGGUGUUGUUGACAAGGGUACCAAGGCCAGGGUACUCCGUGGCGAGAAUAUUGUUCACGAUGGUGUGAUUGAAUCGCUUAAGAACCAGAAGAAGGAUGUAGAGCAGAUGCGCAAGGAUACCGAGUGUGGUAUUGCAUUUGAAGGCUGGGAAGACUUCAAGGUGGGUGAUCGCAUUCAGUGCUACGAGGAGAAGUUUGAGAAGAGGAACUUGUAA